UGUCAGAAUAGUCUCGUAGAGGAAAUCUUUUCUCAAAAUUCACAUAUUUUUAACUAGAUGGAUAGAAAAAUGGUGUCUUAUUGCCGUGCUUGUGGGCUCUUACUGUUCCUUUCUCUAUUUUCUUUGAUAAAAUCUGACGAUACGCAGGCUGCGGGGAUGCAUAACCCUCUACACGAUUCAAAACUAACACACGAUAAAGACCAUAUCAAGGAACAUCUUAAGGACGAAAUUGACUUGAAGGAUGAACAGAUGUCUGACGAGGAUCUCCAGUUCCACUACUUUAAACUGCAUGACUAUGACAAUAACAACAAAUUGGAUGGAAUUGAGCUAAUGAAUGCCAUGACUCAUUAUCAUGAUGAAGAAGGUGAAGGAAAGAACCCACAGUAUAGUGAUGACGAAAUGGGACACAUGAUAGAUCAAAUUUUAGAUGAGGAUGACCACAACAAAGACGGCUAUAUUGAUUAUCCAGAAUUUGUAGCAUCACAGAAGUCUUAACAUACAGAGAUUGAAUAUUAUAUGUUUGUGUUUUUGAGAAAAUAAAUAUGCAAUGGUCAA